UCUUUGUGAAGAUGGCGGGUGAUGGGUCCCUGAGGCAGGAGGUGCACCGGCCCGGGGCCUUCAAACAGAGCAACAAGGAGCACAAAACCGGGAGGCACCGCAGCAAAGGCGGCCUGGAGCGGGAGCGGAGAGGCAGAGUGAGUGUGAAAGUGAGCAGCAAGAAGCUGAGAAAGGUGCUGAGGAAACAUGAUCGGCGACACCAGGCAUUGCAGAUCCGCCAGCAGAAGAGGGAGGCGGUACUCAGUGAGAAGAGGAGCCUGGGCACUCAAGAUGGUCCCCCCCAUCUGGUGGGUGUCAUCGUAUUACACUCUGGUACAAGUGGCCAGAAUGUCAUGAGGCUAAUUCGGACUGACGAGACCUCGAGUGUGUACGACCUCGAUGGAAGUGGUGAACGAUUUGGCUUGGUUUGCCCCAGGUUCAAACAGAGAUUCAGCUUCAUCCGAGUGAAUUCAGGUGAUAUCCAUGCUGUCCUUGACCUUGCCAAAGUGGCAGACACACUGAUGUUAGUGCUGGAUCCAUACGAGGGAUGGGACAGUCACGGUGACUUCUGCCUCUCCUGUCUGUUUGCACAGGGCCUCCCGAGCCAUGUGUUCGUGGUUCAGGGAAUUAAUGACCUUCCUGUCAAGAAGCGAACAGAUGCUAAGAGGAGUUUGACCAAGAUGUUAGAGAGGCGUUUUCUUGAUGCAAAACUCUUUCACAUGGACAUGGAGCAGGACGCUGCACUGGUUAUCAGACACAUUGCGAUGCAGAAACAGCGACACCUUGCUUUCAGAGAUCGCCGAUCCUACUUACUGGCUCAGCAAGUGACCUUUGAAGCCAGCGACAGAAGUGGCCUGGUUGGGACACUGAAGGUGUCUGGUUAUGUCCGGGGACAUCCGCUUAAUGUGAACAGGCUGGUACACCUUGUAGGACAUGGAGAUUUCCAGAUGCAACAGAUCAAUGGUCCACCUGAUCCCAUGCCCCUGAACCCCAAAACUACAAAGAAAAGAGAAAGCAUGACGAUGAGUGAUCCCUGUGCUGAGAUGGAAGAGGACCUGAAAGUUCUGAUGAAAGCAGAUCCUAGAAAGCAGGAAUCACUCGAAUCCGAAGUUGUUCCUGACCCGAUGGAGGGAGAGCAGACUUGGCCCACAGAUGAAGAGCUGCAGGAGGCCGAGGAUACUCUAAAAGUAAGCAGGAAGAUCGUUCGAAAAGUUCCAAAAGGUACCUCUGAUUACCAGGCCACAUGGAUUCUGGAUGAUGAGGAAGAAGAGGAGGAGGAGGAGGAAAGUGACGAAGAUAUGGAGAAGAAUGAGAUGAUGGGCGAGACAGUGUCACAGGCCAGUGAAGAAAGUGAUUGUGAGGAAGAGGCUGAUGAGGAAUGUGAAACCAUGACCAUUCCAGAAAGCAUUCGCGAUGAUCAUUAUGACGAAAAGAUUGAUGAAGAGGAGGAGAUGAUGCUGCUGGAAAAGUACAAGCAGGAGCGAAUGGAUGAAAUGUUCCCCGAUGAGGUAGACACUCCAAAGGAUGUAGCAGCUCGAGUCAGGUUCCAGAAGUACCGGGGGCUGAAGAGUUUCCGGACUUCCCCCUGGGACCCCAAGGAGAACUUGCCACGGGAUUAUGCCAGAAUAUUCCAGUUCCAGAACUACAGCCGGACAAAGAGACGCAUCUUCAGGGAGGUUGAAGAGGAGGAGGAAGGUGCAAUGCCUGGCUGGUAUGUUAGUGUACACAUUGGCAAUGUGCCCGUGUCGCUGACGGAGAGUUUCAAACCGGAGGUUCCCCUGGUCCUCUUCACUCUACUGCCACAUGAACAGAAGAUGUCAGUGAUCCAUUUCCUGCUCAGGAGGCACGUGAGCAACACUGAGCCCAUCAGGUCGAAAGAGGAGAUGGUGUUCCAUUGUGGCUGCCGAAGAUUUCGGGCUCCCCCUCUGUAUUCCCAGCACACAGCAGCCAACAAGUUCAAAUACGAGCGUUUUUUACAUUGUAACACCACUCUGGUGGGGACCGUGUAUGGUCCAAUCACCUUCUCACCAGCGUCCGUCUUGAUGUUCAAGCAAAGAGUGAAUGGUACGCAUGACCUGAUUGCGACUGGCUCUGUACUAAAGGCUGACCCUGACCGAAUCAUUGUCAAGAGAAUUAUCCUGAGUGGCCAUCCCUUCAAAAUCAUGACCAAAACCUCUGUGGUGCGCUACAUGUUCUUCAACAGAGAGGAUGUGCUGUGGUUUAAACCGGUGGAACUCCGAACAAAAUGGGGGCGAAGAGGUCACAUCAAAGAGCCUUUAGGGACUCAUGGACACAUGAAAUGUUUGUUUGAUGGCCACCUGAAAUCCCAGGAUACCGUGCUGAUGAACUUGUACAAGCGAGUUUUCCCGAAGUGGGCAUAUGAUCCCUACGUUCCGAGUCCAGUGCCUUGGGAGCGAACUGAAUCCACUGUUAACGUGCCGGAGAUUGAAAUGGAUUAGAGUGUCCAGCCAGAUUUCCUCCUCCGUGCCUUUUAUUUAAAAAGAGCUUUCCAAUUCAGAAUCUGUUGGAUCGCACUCUCCUGUUUUGUUUGUAUCGUUUGAAGACUUGGAUGUUGUUUGCUCAAUGCCGUCAGGCAGGUUUAAAUCUGAAGAGGUUGAUGCAGUGCUACAGCAUUCCCACAAGGGGUCAGUGCUUUGCUUUGUUUGAAUAUCCUUUUAAUUAAAGGGGUGACAGUCAAAAGGCAACAGCAAAUAUUCGAAGAACACAUCAGUGACCUGCAUCAUUUGUUCAUUCCUGUCAGGUAGAAAAGUAAAAUGGGAAAUGUGAGCAAACCACGGCUUAUAAGGGAAAUUAGAGGUAACAUUGGGCCCAAGGAACAGGCAUACAAAUUGGCCAGAAAUACAAACAGACCUGGGGGUGGGAGCAGUUUACAGUUCAGCCAAAGAGAGCAAAGGGAUUGAUUAAGAAAGGGAAAAUAAAGUAUGAUGUUCAACCUGCAGGAAGCUGACUAUAAAACUUUCUAUGGGUAUGUGAGGCGAAACAGAUUGAAGACAAAUGCAGGUCCCUUACAGUCAGAAACAGGGGAAUCUAUAAAUGGGAAACAAAGAAAUGACUGACCAAGUAAAUACAUACUUUCAUUCUGCCUUCACAAAGAAGGACAUGUAUGAGAUGUUGGGGAUCACUGGGUUUAGAGAGAUGGAGGAACUGAAGGAAAUUGAUAUUAGUGUGGGAAUGGUGCUGGGGACCUUGAUGGGAUUGAAGGCAGAUAAAUCGCAGGCCCUGAUAAUCCACAUCCCAGAGUAGUGAAGGUAGUGGCCCUAGAAAUAGUGGGAACAUCAGUCACCUUCCAAGAUUCUACAGACUCUGGAUCAGUUCCACUGUUCCCAAAGGGAUGCAGAGAGAAAACUGCAAAUUAUACACCGGUGAGACUGAUGUCAGUUGUAGUGAAAAUGCUCCAAAAAAUUUAACAGGUGAGCAUUUAGAUAAGGGCCGGGAUUGAGCAGGCUUGGGACGGGACAGGGUCAGGAUGGAUUUAGAAAAGGGAAGUCAUGGUUGUCAAUUUACUGUAAUUUUUUGAGACUUUUAGAUUUGAAGUUUAGCCUGUGAUUGGUUUAUUCGGACUUUGAAGUGACUUUUGACCAAGUCCUCCAGAAGAGAUUAAAGCGUGUGGGAUUAGGGUAAUGUACUAAUGGGGCAGAGAAUUGGUUGGCCGACAGGAAACAAAGGACAGGAGUGAAUGGGUCUUGUUCCAAGUGGCAGCAGUGAUUGGUGGAGUAGGGCAGGGAUCAGUGCUAGGACACCAGCUAUACAAAUGUGUUAGUAAUUUGGAUGAGAGAAUGAAAUGUAGUGUCUUCAGAUUUGCAGAUGACAAAGCUGGAUGGCGUGUGAGCUGUGAGAAGGAUGCAAGAGAUGUUCCAGCAUGAUGUGGGCAAAUGCAUGCUAGAUGCAGUAUAAUGUGGAUCAGUGGGAGGUUAUCCACUUUGGGAGCCAAAAUGGGAUGGCGAAUUAUCAUCUGGCUAGGAAUUGAGAGAGGGGACUGCACAGAGAUCAGCCACUGAAUGUAAGCAUGCAGGUGCAGCAAGCAGUAAAGAAGGCAAAUGGUAAAGUUGGCCUUCGUAGUGAGAGGAUUUGUGUACAGGAGCAGGGAUGUCUUUCCACAAUUAUACAGGGUCUUAGUUCAGAGUACUGUGAGCAGUUUUGGCCUCCUUUAUCUGAGGAAGGAUGUUCUGGCAAUGGAGGGAGUAUAACAAAGGUUUACCAGACUGAUUCCUUGGAUAGUGAUGCUGAUAUGUGGGAAGAAACUGGUGCUUCAGUUUAGAUUCGCCGGAAUUUAGAAGAAUGGGGUGAGAUGUUGUGAAAGCCUAAAAAAAUUCUAACAGGGCUAGACAGGAUAAAUGUAGGAAGGAUGUUGCUGAUGAUGGGGGAGCCCAGAACCGGGGUCACAAUCUGAGGAUAUGGCUGAGUUGGAUAAAGUUCUUCACCCAGAGAGUGGUGAGCCAAUGCAAUUCACAGAAAACAGCUGAGUCUGAAACCUUUCAAGACUUGGGGCUAAUGAAAUCAAAAGAUAUUGAAGGGGGGGGGGGGGUGCAGGAAACAGUAACAGGCUAUUGAGCUGGACGAUCAGCCAUGAUCCUAGUGAAUAACAGAGCAGGCUUGAGGAGCCCAAAUGGCCUAGUCCUGUUUCUGUUUCUGUGCUCCCUCCUGAUGUUGCUGGGAGACACUGUCUCCUCACUCUAUCUGUUAUCUCUCCAGAUUCUCCUUCCUCACUCUGCCAGCAUGUUCCUUCACCCUGUCCAACAGCAGAGAGUGGGAAGUGGCUGCAAACCUGUGACUGAGCCUCUGUGUCUGUUGUGCCUUCAGCACGAGGAAUCUCACAGUUGACUGGUUGCCUGUCUCCCAGUCAAACAAACCAGCUCCAUCCUCUGCAUGUCUUUGUAUCGAGGCUGUCUCUUGUAACCCUGGCUGCCUGUGGACUGAAGCUGCAAUCCUUCAAACUGCGAGAUGUGGCUGUGACAAAGUAGGAACAGGAAGAGAUUGUUCAGCCCUUCCAGCCUUUUUGCUGUUCUGUUAUUACAGUGAACUGUAACUUUCUCACCCCUGGGACCCAGCAUGUCCUGUACAACGGGGGGGUGGGGCUGCACUGGGACCCAGCGUGUCCUGUACAACGGUGGGGGGAAGCUGACCUGGGACCCAGCGUGUCCUGUACAACGGGGGGGAGCUGACCUGGGACCCAGGAAUCAUAGGAGCAAGACUAGGCUGUACUGUGUGUCGAGCCCACUCUGCAGUUCGAUAUGAUCAUGGCCGAUCGCAUACUUUGCCUUUUUACUCACCUGCUCUCUGAUUACCACUGGUGAUACAGGGUUAUAAUCUCUACAUUAAACAGGCUCAAAAACUGAGCCUUCACAGCCCCUCGUGCUAGAGAAUUGCGAAGGUUCAUAACUGAAUUUUAAAAAUUUCUUUUUGUUCAGUCCUAAAUGCUAAUCCCCUAAUUUUUAAAUUGUAUCUUAGUUUUAGCCUCCCUGACCAGGGAAGACACUUUAGCUGCAUCUUCCUUGGCUAUCCUUUAGGAAUUUUGUAGAGACCUAUUUACUCCCAGGGAGUCCUGGCCUAACAGCUGGGUACUUUAUAUAUCCAAUAACUGGCAGGAUUUCUGGUGGAAAUUUCUCGGUUUUACAGACACAUGCACCUUUGUGCCCGAGAGCAAUUUUAUUUCUAUUACGUGUAAUUUGAAGGCCUCCUAUUGGCAUUGCUCCUUGGCUACAAUGGAAGUGCUGGAACUGACGUUCUAGAAGAGAAGGCUGGUGAGCAGGAAAGAGCAACUGAACAGCCAUGCCUUGCAUUUAUGGAGCAGCUUGCACUUCCAUCAGUUUACUUCAUGGUCUUGAAUUCUGGCCUCCAACAUUUUUCUUGUUGUGACCAAAGCAAGGGAGAUCUGCUUGUGAUCAAUAGGAGAUUUGCAAUGGAAUGGUGCCAGUGAGAGUCUCUCUAAUGCACGUGUAGCUGCACAGAGCCUGUUUACUGUCGAGAAAGGGAUGUCUUGGUACAGCAUUUCAGCUUGCGCUCAUCAGGAGUCAAUGUGAAGGAGAAUGACAUUUGAUACUUGGAGGAAAAAGAUCUGAUUAGUUGGUUAAGUGGGCUCUGACUGGUUGAGGUGUUUUCAUGGAGUAUACACUAGUUUGCUGAUGACUGACAGGUAACUGCCAUGCUUUAGUUUAAUCUUAACCAGGCAGGUUGACUGUUACAGGGGUUAUCCUAAGUAAUGAACCAGAAAGUAGGAUUCCUGCAAUGUGGAAAGAGACCAUUCACCUAUCAAAGCCUGUGCCAAUGCUCUGAAGAAGAUCCCACCCAAGCUGUAUAACCCUGUAUUUACCAUGGUUAAUCCAUAUAGUCUGCACGUCCCUGGACAUGAAAGGGCAUUUAGGGUGGCCACUCCACCUAACCUGCACAUCUUUGGAAUGUGGAGCAAAGCAGAGCACCUGGUAGUAAUCCAUGUAGACACAGUGAGAACACAUGCAAACUCCACACAGAGAGUCAUCCAAGGCUGGAAUCGACCGCAGGUCCCUGGCACCAUGAAGCAGCAGUGGUAAGCAUUGAGCCACUGUGCCAGCCCCUUGGCUGUUACCUGUUCUGAUGAGUUGAAA